CAGCAGACGUUCGCAUACUAAUUGGAUAAAACUGACAGGCUCUUACUGCACGUUCAUCAGCUGCCAAGAAGGCCCUAAGUCGGUGCAUGUUCCUCACAGGAUUGAUUUUAAUUUUAGAAUAUCAUGUGGAUUUCCUGUAAGACAAGGUCUGAUAUGUAUAACGUCCAACGUAUCGAGAACCGAUAGUCAAAGUUUAACAGCACUCGCUGACUACGGUGAUAUAAUGAUGGCAGCAUGUAAGCACGUUCUGAUUGGCCAGGUGUGUUUUAAGUCUCCCUCCAUCCGUCCGGAGCCAUGAGAGCGUGUUACACAAGAAGUUUACUUACUGGCAAAACAUAAAAAGAAGCAUCUAUUGGCAAGCAAAGCAACCUUAACUGAGCCAAUAGAAAGAUGCAUGGUUCAGCCGGGGGAAGUGGCAAGCAUGUCAGCUGUACUGGAGAUCAACGCUGCUGGCUGCACAAAGAUUUUCCUUUUCUUUUAAUAUCCUCGUGGAGGACAGAGCCUAGCUUAGCACUCACAAAUAAAACUGUUCAAUAUGUAAAAACAUUUAAAAUGUCAAUUCAGGACAGAUCAAAUCUCCUGCAGCUGUCAGCGGCUAGCACUGACGCCACGUCAGCUCUUAUACCGUCGUGGGGAAAACCAUGAGCCCUGCUCAUGUUACAGUCACUGUGUGCAUGACGUCUCCUGGAUCUUUGUGCAACCAGCCCUUGGACUGGAACGAUUUUCCAGCCACUCCAUCAAACUCAGAUUUCAUACUUUCAGUGCGAUGAUGUGAGAAACUGACUCGUUUCUGUGAGCAUGCAGCUGCUCCACACUGAAUCUGCUCUUAUCCUCACUGGAAGCAUCAUCUUAAAGGUCUCUUUGCAAUGCAUGACGUCUUCUCUCCAACACAAACAGUAUUAAUGGUCUUUAUUGCGAAACUGGAGUUUUCAUGUCAGAGGAAUGCCGCAUGGUUCAGCCACUGCUGGACUUUGGAAAUGUUCCUCACACUCAAGCACGGACGUGAUCGCUGGCUGUGUUUUUCUGUUUGUUGUUGUUCUGUUCCAGUCGAGCUUGCAUGAUUGACAGCGGACACCCACCACUGUCCACUCCCUCACUCAUCAUUAUUGAUCCUCAACGCGCCACUCCCACUGCACUGUUGGCAACAGGCUGUGACAGUAACCUGGAGAAAUCCGUAGCGUGAUGAUGUGUUGACCUAAUUCUUCUACUCUUUCUUAUUGCCCAGAUAAAAAAGCCUUAGCUAGCGUGUCAAGCACUGGGGCUGAGGCUAAGCUAUUUCAGAGACUGGAGGCUCAGAGUGAGAGUUUCAGCUCUCUGUCAGUGGGACAAACAGCCCACAGUGUUGAGUUUACUGAGACGAUCACCGAGAGCUCCUCUGUGUCUUGGAGCACGAUUGAGAUAAGCUCGAUGGAGAGGAGCUCUGAGAGCAGCUUUGACUUCAAACUCUCAGCCAGCCCGAAGCUGCUGAUGGAAAUGAGCGAUGUUCGAGUGAAAAGUGGUGAAAUGGCAGAGUUCAGCUGCUCAUUCGACGGCCAGCCCUUCUCCGGGGUGAUAUGGGAACAUAACGGCGAGAGCCUGGUGGACACCGAGCGGGUGAGAAGCUCUCAGAGCGGUGGCUUUUUGUCCCUGGUCAUCCAGGGCGUCGGUGUGGCGGACCAAGGCACGUACCGCUGCACCGCUACCAACGAACAUGGCCACAACAGCUCCUCUGCUCAGCUCACUGUUGAAGCUAAAGAAGCAAAUCUCAAAGCAGAAACCCCCAUCCCUACCGAUUCAGUGCACAAAGUGUUACAGGCACACAGGGAGAGCCCUAGAGAUCCCUCUGACCAAGACAAGCAGGAGGUGGUGGAGAAGCCGGGACCAUCACCUCCAUCUUCCCAGAGACCUCACAGCCUCAUCAGCCUGUUGUAUUUCCCUGACGUCGUGCCUAAUGAAUACCAAGGUCAUCGCCCUUCCAGCUGCCCCGACUUCCUGAUCAAACUCCCCCCUGAGCUGCUGAUCAGAAACAAAGGCAGUGGCUCCCUGAAUUGCGUCGUGAAGGGGCUUCCCACUGCGUUUGUCAUUUGGCUUUACAACCAGUUGAAUGCUGAGGAAACUGUGUGUUACUCUGUGAAAAAUCAAGACCCCUCAAGCUGUAUAAAAGUUAACAAUGUGGGACCUGGAAAAGGGGGCUCUUACGUUUGCAAAAAUAUCAGCUCAGCCGGAGAUGCUGAGCGCAGCACAGUGACGAAAGGUUGGCAUCUGCAUGCUUUUGGUCCUUCUGCUCGCUAAGGCUUCUUUACACCACUCAUUCACACUGCUCUUCACCCACACAGCCAGCAGAGGCACACUUCUUCACAGGGUGACAACACUUCUUCAACGAGGUCAUAACCACUUUGUGCUCACACCACUUAGUGUUUGAAAAAAAGCCCAGCGGUGCUGCACACUAAGAGACCAAACAGGAGCAUGCACAAACGUCAGUUAAACGAAACAAAAAAGGGAUGGAUGCACGAGCCACCACUGGUUCUAACAGUCUCCCGGGAAUCUUUAGGAAUGUUUUUAAUUUGUGAACAUCUGUGU